UGAUCGAGCUCGGUCACAGCCAACCAACCGCGUUAGAGCACACUCAGCGCGCUGGACCAAUCACAGCGCGUGUUACUGUUUCCAGUAUGGCGCCGGUGGUAAGCGAUUGAAUUGAAAAGCAACAUUAAAUCUAAUCUUCAGUCAAAGAAUAAAAUCAGAAUGAAAGUGGUGAACCUGAAGCAGGCCAUUCUACAGGCAUGGAAGGAGCGCUGGAGCGACUAUCAGUGGGCCAUCAACAUAAAGAAAAACUGCCCCAAAGGCGCCACGUGGGAUUACCUCAACCUGGCAGAAGCGUUGUUGGAGCAGGCAAUGAUCGGACCUUCCCCAAAUCCCCUGAUCCUUUCCUACUUGAAGUAUGCCAUCAGUUCUCAGAUGGUGUCCUGCUCCAGUGUUCUUACAGCAAUCAGCAAGUUUGAUGACUUCUCCCGAGAACUCUGUGUCAAAUCCCUUCUGGAGAUCAUGGACAUGUUCUCUUACUCACUCAGCUGUCAGGGUAAGGCAGAGGAGUGCAUCGGCCUGUGCCGAGCUCUGCUGGGCAUCGUGGUGUGGCUCCUGCAGGGAUGUGCCUGGUACUGCGAGAAGCUGAGAGAACCUGGAUUGCUGCCCGCCGGUGAGGGCAGCCUCAGUGCCUGCCAGGAACGUCUGGAAAGCCUUCUGCAGCGGACCAAGAAUCGAGCCCUGGUGCACAUUGCACGCCUUGAGGAACAGGCCUCCUGGAGCAACGUGGAGCAGGCUUUAAUCAAACUGGUGGAGAAUCUCAGCAGUUUGAGCAAUCAGACGCUGAGCAACAAGCUGGAGGAGUGCAUCUCUCUUGUUAAGAGUAUUCCUCAGAUGGUGUGUAUUCAGUGUGACCCUCCAGUGCAGACUACCUUCCCUUCAGUUCACGCAUUCAUCAUGCUGGAGGGGACCAUGAACCUGACAGGAGAGACCCAGCCACUGGUGGAACAGCUAAUGAUGAUAAAGAGGAUGCAGCGUAUUCCUGCUCCUAUAUUUGUUCUGGAGGUCUGGAAGGCCUGCUUCACUGGACUCAUCGAAUCCCCUGAGGGAACGGAGGAGCUCAAAUGGACCGCCUUCACCUUCCUCAAGAUUCCCCAGGUUUUGCUGAGGCUGAAGAAGUAUCCACAGGGAGACAAGGACUUCAUGGAUGACAUGAACAUGGCUUUUGAGUUUCUGCUGAAGCUCACGCCACUUCUGGACAAAGCAGAUCAGAGAUGCAACUGUGACUGCCUGAGUCUGCUGCUUCAGGAGUGUAAUAAACUGGGCCUGCUGUCCGAGUCCAACACAGCUAACCUUACUGCCAAAAGGUCCGAGGACAGGGAGUAUGCCCCGAAGCUGAAGACAGCAGAGAAUGCAAACAUCCAGCCCAACCCAGGCCUCAUACUGCGGGCAGAGCCCACCGUCACUAACAUACUAAAGACCGUGGAUGCGGAUCACUCAAAGAGCCCAGAGGGGUUGCUGGGAGUGUUGGGGCACAUGCUGUCGGGGAAGAGUCUGGACCUUCUCCUGGCGGCUGCUGCGGCCACGGGAAAGCUCAAGUCUUUUGCUCGCAAGUUUAUUAAGUUGAAUGAGUUCCCCAAACAGAUCCCUGGUGAAGGAUCCAAAGCUGCAUCUGUGAGGGCGCUUCUGUUCGACAUCUCCUUCCUCAUGCUCUGCCAUGUCGUCCAGACAUACGGAUCAGAGGUCAUCCUUUCGGAACCCAGUCCAUCAGGGGAGACGCCAUUUUUUGAGACGUGGCUGCAGAUGUGCAUGCCGGAAGAAGGGAAAACUCUGAACCCGGAUCACCCCUGCUUCCGGCCUGAAUCGGGCAAAGUGGAGAGCCUCGUGGCCCUUCUGAACACUUCCUCUGAGAUGAAGUUGGUUCAGAUGAAAUGGCAUGAGAUCUGCCUCACCACACCAGCCGCCAUCCUGGAGGUUCUGAAUGCGUGGGAGAACGGAGUUCUGUCUGUAGAGGCUGUGCAGAAGAUCACAGAUAAUAUCAAAGGAAAGGUGUGCAGUAUGGCCAUCUGUGCCGUGGCCUGGUUGGUGGCUCACGUUCGGAUGUUGGGAUUGGACGAGAGAGAGAAGCCUCAGACUAUGAUUCGGCAGCUCAUGACUCCUCUGUACGGAGAAAACACCCUGCAGUUUUACAACGAACGCGUGGUCAUUAUGAGCUCCAUCUUGGAGCACAUGUGCGCAGACGUGUUCCAACAGACUGGUGUGUCGCUGCGUCCAGCCGUAGAAGGUCAGGAGCCAAUCCCCUACCGGAGCCUCCUGCCUGCCCGCCAGCCCAUCCGUCAGGCCCUGCAGGCUCAGUUCCGCCAGGUUCUGGAUAAAGGUUGGGUGGAUUCACGCACACUGCACCUGCUUGAAAGUCUGAUGCACAUGGGUGGAGUCUUCUGGUUCACCAACAACCUUGUAAAGGAGCUACUAAAAGAGACUCGUAAGGAGUGGGCGAUUCGUGUGGUGGAACUCCUCUACAGUAUAUUCUGUCUGGACCUGCAGCAGGUCACUCUCACAUUGCUUGGUCACAUUCUGCCAAACUUGCUAACCGACCCCGCGCACUGGCACAGCCUGGCAGACCCACCGGGGAGGGCCCUCGCCAAGUUGUCUGUGUGGUGUGCUCUCAGCUCCUACUCGUCUCAUCAUAAAGUCCACACCUUGGCUCGGCAGCGCAAAAGACAACGAGAAGAUAUCGAGGACUAUAGCAGCCUGUUUCCCCUGGAUGAUACGCAGCCCUCCAAGCUGAUGCGUCUGCUGAGCUCCAACGAGGAUGAGCCAGUGGUGUUAUCCAGUCCAGGUGACCGGACGAUGAGUAGCUCACUUUCAGCCUCGCAGCUUCACACUGUCAACAUGAGAGAUCCCCUCAACCGUGUUCUAGCUAAUCUGUUCCUGCUGAUCUCCUCCAUCCUGGGGUCCAAGUCUGCGGGUCCUCACACUCAGUUCGUGCAGAGCUUCGUGGAAGAGUGUGUGGAGUGUUCUGAGCAGGGCAGCCGCGGCAGCAUUCUGCAGUUCAUGCCUUUCACUAUGGUUUCUGAGCUGAUGAAGCUGCACGCUUUGGCUAAACCUAAAGUCGUCCUGUCCAUCACGGAUCUGACUCUUCCUCUGGGCAGGAGAGUGGCAGCCAAAGCUAUUGCUGCUUUGUAGUAUGGAUACACACACACACACACACACACACAUACUAGCCUUCUUCAUUUCUUCAGUGAGCGCAACCUUCCUGUUUAAUCCCAGACAGGCAUCUCUAUACACCCAUUUAACAUGCACUCAGCUGCGUCCAGCAUUUGGUGGAACGGCCUGUAAAUCAGAUCAGAUAAAACAGAGAUAAAGACACACAUGUUCAGUGGGAGUGGAUCUUACCUGCACUUGCCUUAAAGCAAUUUUUUUUGGCUUAUAUCCAGCGUUCCUAUGAAAUGCAAGAGGGGUUUCCAGUAAAGCGUUUUUUUUUUUUCCAUCCCCAAUGACGGUGCAUAAAAUGUUAAUUCUCAGUUGGUUCUGAUUUGAAGGAUGUGGUCGCACUUGUGAAAUGAGCUGCGUUUCAUGUAUUUUUGGCAACAGUAGCAGGUGUUUACAGUCAACCAGAAGAAGAAACUGCAAACUGUUUGAUUUUUGUAUAUAAUAUUUCUGUUUUUGUACUCAAUAAAUCAUAAGAAAUA